AUGAACGACAUAUUUUCAGUCAAGAAAGAGAUUGUAAGUAGUCCCGAAGAGGAUAUCAAUAAGGCUCAGUGGCUAACUGCAUUGCUGGCAAAUAUUCAGAAAGACUGCCAGUUCGAUAACAUAAUCCCCCUACUUUUGGUCCACAAGGGCAUGAGUGUCCAGGCCGCAGUGGACUACACGGUUGGUUUGAUAGAAGAGUCUUAUCGGAUUGUGAAUGCAGCAGGGGCCCGCCUUCCCAAGCUCGAGGGUAAAGCGAAAGAAGAUUUAGACACCUAUAUUGAGCAGUGCAAAGAUCAAGCUGCAGGGAGUAUAUAUUUCCAGUAUGGUCAACCCAACGAAUAUGGUCAAGGAGACUAG